CAUCACUUCCAUUCCCUCGUCAUCCAAACAGGAAAAGCCCUUUCUUUUCUUUCCUUUUCUUUCCUUUCCAGCCAAACAAAUCAACACACACAAACUCUACACAUUUUCUUGCAAAUUGCUGUGCCCCAAACAAACUCCCAAUACUUGAAGAGUUCUCUGAAUUCGAUGGAAAUUGAUCCCUCGGAGAACUCUGAUUGGUUCUUCGAUUAUGGAUUGAUUGAAGACGUCUCCACCGUCCCCGCCGGACACUUCACGGAGCCGCCGCCGCCCUGUAUCGUCUGGCCAUCUCAGGCCCUCAACGGUUCCUCCAAUGCCAGUGUGGAAAUUGACUGUUCUUUUGGGGAUUCAGAAAGCCUGAAGGAAGCUGGCUCACGAAAAAGGGUAAAGUCUGAAUCAUGCAGUGUGUCUGGCUCGAAAGCAUGUCGGGAGAAACUACGGAGGGAUAAGCUGAAUGAGAGGUUCCUGGAAUUGGGUUCUGUCCUGGAGCCUGGAAGGCCACCAAAAACAGACAAGGCUGCUAUUCUGAGUGAUGCUGUUCGUAUGGUGACUCAGCUACAAAGUGAAGCCCAAAAGCUAAGGGAGUCAAAUGAUGAUUUGCAUGAGAAGAUCAAAGAAUUGAAGGCUGAGAAGACUGAGCUUCGGGAUGAGAAGCAGAGGUUAAAGGCAGAGAAGGAGAAGCUGGAGCAGCAAGUCAAAGGCAUGAGUGCACAACCAGGCAUGAGUGCUGGUGACAAGUUGAUGCCUUUCAUUGGUUACCCAGGCGUCGCCAUGUGGCAAUUUAUACCGCCUACUGUGCGUGACACAUCACAGGAUCAUGUGCUCCAUCCUCCAGUUGCUUAAGUUGGAGGAUGAAAUCACUGAAAAUGGUUGGUCCACAUUUCCUCUCCCCAAGAUUGUUUAUUUGUUGUAUUCUAUCACUGUUCUCAACCUUUUUUAUGUUCGUUUCUUGAGGUUGGAAGAAACCUUUAUGAGGUGGAAAAUUGAUGUUUAGGAGCUCUGCUUACUCUUUCAUGUUUUGCUGAUUGCCUGUAACAUAAAAAUAAGUGAAUAUGUUGGUUUUCAUUGCUAAAUAUGUGAACAAAGAAA